AUGGUCAUAUCUUGGAUCCUCAAUUCUCUUUCAAAGGUCAUUGUUGAGUCAGUCCUUUAUUUAAAAACUGCACAGGAAAUUUGGAAAGAGUUAGCAACAAGGUUUGGACAGUGCAAUGGACCACAACUUUAUCAACUCCAAAAAGAGUUAUCAGAUGCAGUUCAAGGUAAUUCUGAUAUUGCAAGUUAUUUCACUAAAGUGAAGAAGAUUUGGGAUGAACUUUAUGCUUUGAUUACUUUUGAUCAAUGUUCAUGUAAAUGCAUCUGUAAUGGUAAGGUGACGACCAUCAAGGCACAUCAAGAUGGGAGGCUAAUUCAGUUCCUUAUGGGACUGAAUAACAUCCACUCCAGUGUCAAGAGCACCAUCUUGAUGAUGGACCCUUUACCCACAGUAGGUUCAGCUUAUUCUCUUCUCAUUCAGAAUGAGAAACAGAGGGAGGUGCACAUGGAAGCACACCCCUCACAAGCUGCUUUCAUGGUCACAAAUCAGAAGUACAACAACAGUGGACUGAAGUUUAACAAUAACUAUCAACAAAAGUAUGGGGGAAAUGAUGGAAAAUUCAAAGGAAAUUUUGAGAAGCAAAACUCAGGAAUGUACUGUACUAACUGCAAGAUGACCAAUCACAAUACUAACAAAUGUUAUAGACUAAUUGGUUUUCCACCAGACUUUAAAUUUACAAGAAACAGGAAAACAAGAUAUCCUGCUCACAGCAAUGCAAGUGCUGUUGUUACCACAGAUUAG